AACGAUGUUGGCUAAUAUUUGGCUUUUUUUCGUCUUACUCAUUGGGUUAGUUACUGCACAAACCAUUGAAGACAUUGAGACAAUAUCAGCUGCUUAUGAAAAAACAAAUCGGCUUUCCCUCAAUUGGGGUCCAUAUAGAUCCAAUCUUUAUGUAGGAAUACGCCCACGUAUUCCUAAUUCGAUACUAACUGGUUUAUUGUGGUUUCCAGCUGAUACUUUCAACGCACCUUUGUUAUCAAAGCACUCGUGUGAACAGAAUCAUAACAUCCAAAAAUUUGGAUGGACUAAAUACGACCCUAGAUAUGGUGGAGUUGAGUCAAUCUAUGAUGACGACUCAAGGCUCAAUCUGACUACAGAGUUUGUUAAAACUGAUGAUGGGUUGAAUUGGGCGUUGAGAAUUAAAGGCAAAGCUGCAAGGCCGGAUUCUGUUAAUUCAGUGGUUUUCUACGCCGGUCUUCAGGAUGACGGAGAAAUCGGCCUUAGAAAUGAUUUUCAUCAAAAUUCAAACAAUUUAGUUAGUGGAGAUAUCGUCUUGGAUGGAAACAUGGAGAAAUUAGGCGGAAAGUUUAGCAUAAAGAUUGUUGAUGACGAGAAGAAUAGACACCCCGAAAGCUUUACCAUUGUUGAUGAUGAUUCUUUCGACCCUGCAUUCACCCACUACAUGUCUUUAAAUGUUCCAUUCGAAAAUGUUUGGAAGGCAAGUGAGAUUUUUUGGGCCUUGAUCAGGUUCAAUGUUGCUGAAUUAGAAGAAAAGGGAAAAAGGCCUGAAAUGUUUUCUCCUUUUGAACUAUUUCAAUUGAGAAAUCCAAAUCAGUUUUUCGGAAAUAUGCACCUUAUCCAAAAAACAUUUGUUGGAGAUUUUGAGUACGAUGUUAUUUACAACUCUGACGUAUCAGAGAACAAGAUUACCCAUGCAAAUAUUAAGGAGAUGUUUGAAAUUGCAUUGGCUAGAUUUGAUGAAAAGUUUACCAAACAAUUUCAGUUGAACGCUCCAUUCAACACCAAUGAAUACAUUGAUUUUGCCAAGGAAAUUUUAUCUCAAUUAAUGGGUGGUAUAAUAUAUGAGCACGGAGAUCAGCAAGUAGAUAGAAAUGCUGUCCUUGAUGAUGUUAAAUUUUCGCAUGCUGACUUGAAAGGUUCGAGUGAAGGUGACUACGAAUUAUUCACAUGCGUUCCUAGUAGGCCAUUUUUCCCGAGAGGUUUUUAUUGGGACGAAGGGUUCCACUUGUUACCCAUUCUUGAGUAUGAUUCUGAUCUAACAUUGGAUAUAGUUAAGAGUUGGUUUUCCUUAAUAGAUGACAAAGGUUGGAUUGCGAGAGAACAAAUAUUGGGUGAUGAAGCCAGAUCGAAGGUUCCUGCUGAAUUCACAGUUCAAAAUCCGAAUAUUGCGAACCCUCCAACAUUGAUGCUAAUUUUCAGUGAGCUAUUAGAUUCUGCUAAAAAGCUCCACUUAGAACAGCAAGUUAAUGCUGUUAAUCAUGAUAGUCUUUUCAAAGUAGAAAAUUUAAGAGAAUCGUUAGGAGACUUGCAUAAACAGAAACCUGAGUUAAUGAUCAACUAUGCACAAAAUAUCUAUUCCAAACUCCAGACUCACUAUGAAUGGUUCAGAAAGACACAAAAAGGAAACACAAAAGAGUUUGAAAGGCAUUAUGUAAACAAUGAUGAAGUCUAUAACUGGAAGGGAAGAACGCAAGAUCUUUGUUUGCCAAGUGGGAUAGAUGAUUAUCCUCGUUGUGAGGCUGAUAUCGGUGAGCUUAACGUUGACUUGAUAUCCUGGAUGGGAGUGAUGACCAGAUCCAUGUACAAAAUCGCUCAGUUGUUGGAAAAGCAGGACGAUGCCAAGUUGUACAAACAACGUUUGGAUGAUAUAGUUGCUAACAUCGGGCAAGUUCAUUGGUCAGAAGAUGUGCAUAGUUAUUGUGAUGUCACUGUGGAUGAUGAUGAUGAGGAUACUUUUGAAUGUCAUGAAGGGUACGUGUCCAUUAUGCCAUUUAUUCACAAACUCAUUCCAGUCAGUGAUACAGAAAAAUUAGAUGCAAUCAUUGAAAGUAUCAGAGACCCUAAUAGAUUGUGGAGUGAAUUUGGUGUAAGAUCUUUAUCAAAAAAAGACUCCAAAUUCCAUAAAGGAGAAGAUUACUGGAGAGGUCAUGUUUGGAUUAAUAUCAACUAUUUGACACUAGAAGCUUUGUACCAUUACGGAAGUCAAAAAAAUAAAUGAUCUUGGAGUAUAUGAAGAAAGAAUAUAGACCAUAUGGUGUAACAGAUCUUAUCCUCAAUUUACAUAACAAGGUCAACAAAACCAUGAUGACAAAACUUCUAGAUGAUAUGGUUGAGGAACAAAAGUUGAUUGUAAAACGAUACGGAAAGUUAAGCUUUUAUUGUUAUUCCGAACUCAAAUGUGAUGAAAAUGUCAAGCCGAUUGACUUUGAAACAUUGGGAGCAUUAAAACAAGAGCUUGGAGAAUAUGAAAAUGACUCCGCUGAGCACAAAAAGAGAAUUACACAAUUGAAAAACGAGUUAACCGAUGAUCAAUUAAAAGAAAAACAAAAGGCUUUGCAAGAAACC